AUGAGUUCACUUCAAGAAUGGUUUAACGCGGAGGUUAAUGGGAAAGAAUUCAAUGAAAUCCGAUACGAUGAUUUAAAAGAGCACGUUUUUAUUGGUCGUGGAGCUUUCGGAGAAGUCUAUUCGGCAAAUUGUGUGUCUAUUAAAACUACUGUUGCAGUAAAAAAGGUCUUUCAAUCUUAUCUUGAAAAACAAGACGUCUUUGAUGCUUUUAUUAAAGAGCGCGCUAAUAGUUUAAAGAACUUACUUGUAAUAAAGCCUAUUAUAGACCCAAAUGAUGGGAGCUACUUAAUUGUGAUGGAAUAUGCUGAUAGUGGCUGUUUACAAGAGUUUCUAAAUAAAGAGAGAAACAAUUUACAAUGGACCGAGAAGCUUUCUCUUGCCCAACAAUUAGCUGAGGGUGUGGCCUAUAUUCAUAACAAAGAUAUAGUACAUCGUGAUCUUCACGACAAAAACAUUUUGGUUCAUCAAAGACAAAUCAAAAUUGCAGAUUUUGGUUUAUCAAAAAAUCUUAAUAGCACGCUUACCACACAAGUAUCUCUUCUGGGUAUAUUACCGUAUAUUGAACCGAAAGCUAUUGCCAAUGGUGGAUAUAGGAAGGACAAACGAUCAGAUAUUUAUAGUGUUGGUGUACUUUUAUGGGAAAUAUCUAAUUUGAGACCAAAAAUUAAUGAAAUUGUUGUUCGUCUAAGCACGAUGCGCUUAGAGCCGGUAUAUAGCCCACCAUCACAAAUGCCGGUAAACAGCAAAAGUUCAGGACAUAAUCCGACAUUAAUUUUUGAUGAAAAUCUUGCGGUUCCAUUAAGAUCGAACGAUGAUAUAUCUCCAGAUUAUGGUACUUGUACAAGCGGUGAUCAACGUCUUGACGAAUUAAUAAAGGAAUCACAACUUAAAGCGAUCCACAUGUCUAAUUAUAUCGAAUGGAUAGAACACGAUCAAUUAGAGGAUAUAGAACAAAUCGGAAAAGGUGGAUUUUCAACGGUUAAUUCGGCGAUAUGGUGCGAUGGACCACGUGAAGAGUGGGAUGAGAAAACAGGUCAAUGGGAAAGAGCCUCUAAUACUAAGGUUAAAUUACAUGUAUGUUGUGAUAAAGUUAUUCGAUGUUAUGGAAUCACAAAAGAUUAUCAAACUGGCGAAUACGGGUUAGUUCAAAAGUAUGCAAUUCGAGGACUUAAGAAGCGUCGACAUCCUAAGAAAAAACAAUCUAUUUAUUCAUCUAAACUUAUUGACUUUUCAACAUUAAAGCUUCAAGAUGCCAAAUAUGAAACUAUUGAAUAUAAAUUCGAUAAAGAAG